AUGAAACCCAUGUACAAUGUUUCUAAACCAUGUAUACAGGAGAGAGAGGCUGAAGAAAAGUCUCCUGAGCCAAAGACCAAGAAGCGUGGCCGUCAGUCAAUCAAGGACGAGGCUGAAGAGACACCGGAAACCAAGAAGCCCAAGAGAGGCGCACGUGGAAAGCGAGCCUCUGAAGGCGACAAGACGACGAAGGAAGAAGCAGACGACGAGACGGCAACUCCAGCAAAACCUAAGGCAAUCAGGAGGGGCCGUGCCUCGAAGAAUGACACCGAGGACAAGAAGUCCCCCGAAGCCCCUGCCAAAGCUGCUAAGCCGACUACGAGGCGCCAGCGGAAGUCUAUUGCGAAAGACGAGGAAGCGGAGCCUGUUGUAGAAGAGCCUGCUGAGGAAAAGCCUGCUGAGGAGAAGCCGAAGCGAGGCCGGCGGAAGAAGACUGCUUAA